AUGGCGGUGGCGGAUGUGCCUGGUCUCAUGGACAUUGCCAGUACCCUGGCCCAAGAUGAGAUCCCUUUCAAGUUACGAUGUGCCAUCUGCAAUAAGCUGGCGGUGAAUGCAUUUCGUCUCCCCUGUUGUGACCAGUCUAUCUGCGAGACCUGCCAAGCUUCCCUCUCUGAUACAUGUCCCGUCUGCACACAUACCCCUGUCUCUCCCGAUCUCUGCAAACCAAACAAGGCUCUACGAACCACUCUCAAGGCUUUCCUGCGCACUGAAGAAAAGAAGCGGGAAAAGGACCGCCAAUCUACGGCACCUCCAACACCAUCCAUUGUCACUCCUGCAGAGACAAAAACACCUGCCCAGGAUUCAUUCCCUGAUCAAAAUAGGGAUGAACUUGUGACAUCUGUGGAAACCGACGCACCUCUACCUCCGUGUCCUACAGAGCCUGCAGAUUCAAAGCCUCAAGAACCGGGAAUAGACACACCAGCUCCGGACACAGUUGGAGAGAGUAUUCCAGGGCCAAAUGUCUCGAAUUCGGCAGAUCAGCCAGCUCAGCCCGAGGCAACUGGCGAUCAACUCAACCGCGAACCGGUCCCUGAGUCUAUGACUGAAGAUGCCGCAGUCAACGAAAUUCCAGUAAAUGGAGAACCUGCUCCCACGGCAGAGGAAGUUCCUGGAGAAUCCGGUACCAACUCGAUGACACCGAACAUGACCGGCAACUUCCCCGCGAUGGGCUGGAACGGGAACGGCAUGAAUCCUUUUAUGGCUGGCAUGUUCAAUUACCCGAACGCGAUGGGUAUGCCCAUGGGGAUGGACCCGAUGGCAAAUCAGGGAAUGUACGGAAUGAACAUGGCUGGCAUGGGCAUGAACUCUGGGAUGAACUACAGCGGGGGCAUGUAUGGAUCCUUAGGAUGGGACGCAUCCCAACAGAACAACAAUAUGUGGCAAGGCGGCCAAAAUAAAUUCAAUCCAAAUGCUUUCGCAAAUGGCACGGGUCCUCCUUAUGGCGGAGCAUUUGGCGGGUCUAAUAUGUCUGCUUACCCUUCUCACUCAGACUACCAGUCUGGUUACUACGGCGGUUAUGGUCGUGGCGGUUACCGAGGUCGAGGCCGGGGCCAGUUUCAUGGCUCCGGUCGUGGUGGCUUUGGACCCAUGCAAGGUCAUUACCGUCAGGGUGCUAACUCAGGCUACCCCAAUCAGAACCCAAGCAUGCCUAAUGGUCUGAACGGUACUUCAAUGGAUGCCCAAGGUAACAUCCAAGCAAAUGAGACUACACAAUCAGGUGAAACUGAACCCAAUGUACCGGGUAAUUCAGAUCUCCCAACAAACACACACCAACCCCAGGGAAUUCCCACCAUUGACAGCCUUGAUAAUUCUGUACCAACUGGCCCUGGAUACGGUAGUAAUGGGUAUGGCCAAUACAGAUAUGGUCGGUAUGGACAAGAACGGGGACCUGGCGUCGAAGGUGCCCCAGCUGCUCCGCGUGCCAUGCGGCAGGGGCUACCCAAUACCAGUGUGCUACGACAACGUGGCUUCCAGAUUCAAGGACGAGCAAGUGUUUCUGGUGAACCCACUGAGGACGAUCGCACAAGGGCUACAUCCACUGCCGUGUCCCAAGGUGCGCAGUCUCGAUCCCAAUCCCCCUCACAGAAUCCAGCCGCUCGCCCCCGUUCACUAUCUGUUCAUGGUACUGAAGACGAUCGUGAGAGUCGGCGUGAGGCAGAAAUCAAACGCCAAGAUCGGGUUGAUGAGCUACAAUCCGACGCUCGUCACUCUCGCUCCCCAUCCCGCGCAUCCUCGCGACGCCGCCAUCACGACAGUGAUCGGGAGCGGGAUAGAAGAACCACGCACCGUUCGCAACGCUCUCGUCGUCAUCGCAGCCGUAGCCGCAGCUCAAGCCGAAACGGUGAUGUCCGUCCCUCUGGUCGCCUAGACAAGAUUGCAGAGAAAGAUGAAUCAAAUGGCAGGAUCAGGGCGUCCUCCGAGGCCCCAGAGUCGCGGGAUUUAGCAAGCCGAAUCAGCAGCACCUACCGCUCCACCAAGGAUAGAGGUAGUCGACGCGAAGACGACAGAUCACGAGAACAGGACCGAGAUCUCCGACGCCGAGAUCGUGAUCGUGAUCGUGAUCGUGACCGAGACCGAGACCGAGACCGAGACCGCGAUCGACGUGGUAGAGACCGCGACUCUGAUCGCGAACGUCGCCGUGAGGGCGACCGCGAUAAAGACAGAGCUCCCGAGCGGGACCGAGAUCGACCAAGGGAGCGUGAUCGUGAUCGUGAUCGUGACCGUGACCGUGAUCGCAAGCGUUCUCGCCGCGAUCGAUCCCCAUCUACCGCCGGCGGCGACCAUCCCCAAGCCCGUCGUGUGAAACGUGGCGAUGAGGAGCGUAGUAGAGACACGAACGGAGCCUCGACCAAGAAGGCCGAGUCCGAUAAAGACCCUUACACACUUGAGCGCGAAGCACGCAAUAAGGAACGCCUUGAGCGUGAGCAGCAGCAUCGUGAAAAGGCCAAGUCUGGCCGCCGCCGUGAUAGCCGGCAGGACCGUAUGGUGGCGGGCCGUCGCAUCAACUACAAGUACGAAGAUGAACUUUAA